UAAUGGCAAAUUGUUUUCCAUACGUUACCAAAGAUGAACUUUUUUAUGAGCUGGAAUCAUUCAGUCAAAAUGCAUUAAGUCAAUCACCAAUUAUCCGACGAUAUGCAACAAAAACACCUAUUUAUGAUCAAGAGACAGAGACGACAAAAAAAAAAUUUUUGCAAAACAUCAAAAAAGAGAUGAAAUCUAAUAAUGUGGAAAUUCUUGGAGAUAUGAUGAUAGAAAUUCAUGAAGUGAAUGAAACACUUAUCGUUCCAUACAUUGAUCUUCGCGCUUAUUCUGCAUUACUAUUGCCUCUAUCUGAAAAUGACUCAUUUUUUUUGAAAAAUAUUAUGAUUCAUAGGGGAAACAUCGAUAUCGUUGAUACAAUUCAAUUCAACGAUUCCUGGACAAAAUUGAAUUUUUCAGAUCUUUUGAAACCACGAAUGUCCGAUUUAUUCAAAGAUUAUUGGAUAGAAUUUAACUUCAAGCCAUCAAAGAAAUUCAAAGACUUGGCCUUAACAUUGGAAGAUCCAUCAACAACAAUAAAAAAAACUUCCAACCAAGAGAUUAAAAAUAUUGUGGGUUUCAGCGAAUGGGUAGAAGCACCAUAUGAAAACAAUGAAAAAGACCUAUCUAUAAAAAUCGAAUCAAAUUCAACGGAUUGUGAUAAAUCAUUCGUUAAUGCCACAAUUCAAAUUAUUUUUUAUAAUGGAAAAAUUUUGGAACAAUCACAAUUUACUUUUAAUAAAAGUGGAAAAUCUUGCAACUAUGUUAGAGAUUUAAAAAAAGAAAAAAUUAUUGGUCCAUUCAAAAUUUUCUAUAAAUUCAAGAAUCCUACUCAUGAUGAAAAGCUGUGUGUUUUAUCUGUAGACAAAAUAUCACCUGAUAAAAAUUCCGUUUCACCUAAUAGCCCAACGUAUUUUUGGUUCAAUGAAAAAUUUGAUAAUUUAUAUGAUUGUCCAGUGAAUUUUGAAUUCGAUCAAAGCACUAAUCGAUGUUGGUUACAAACUAUUUAUCAUGAUGUACAUGUUAAUU